UUCAGAAAGUCAUAAAGCAACUUCAGUGGGUGUGAUAAGCGGGAAGCAUGCUCUCCGCAAAAAAGAUUUUCCGGGAAUUCUUCGAAAAUUCAGUUAUUCAUGGAUUAGCUUAUUUUGUUAAGCCUUCCAUUGUUAUCCUUGAGAGAUGUGUUUGGUUCAUCCUGGAAAUAGCAGCGAUUUGUGGUUGCAUCAUAAUAUCCUUGCAGUCCUUGAAUCGGUAUUACCACAAGAGCACGGUUAUUACGUUAGAGAAGGACUUCAACAUAUGGAAUACAACCCUCCCUAGUAUGACGAUAUGCCCAAUGACCCGUUUGGAUGAGCAGAAAUAUAAUGAUUAUUGCAGUGCCAGAAACAUUUCAGGACAACUGAAGACAGAACUGUUCCAGUUUUUAGAAUCACUUGCUAAUUCAACAUAUGAAAAUUUUGAGGAUAUUAAGGAAUUUAAAAGUAUUGAGCAAAUGAACAUUGAUCCCGAGGAUUAUAUGAUGCUUAUCUACAACUUAACGCAGGAUCUCACUCGAACUCCAGACAUAUACUCACGAGUUCGCAAUAUGAACAAUGAGGACCACAUUCACGUUGAGCAGAUCCUUACUGAAUACGGAAUAUGUUACUUAACGAACAGUUAUUUAUCCGAAGGACUUUCGGCGCAGUAUCUUAUCACGGGAAAGGGUCCUGAUGUGAAUGAAGUCGAGGCUGAGAUGGGGAUUAUCCAUCGGGUUCGCCAUGCAAAUAUGUUUGAUGGAGAAGUCGCCUAUAAUUUCAUCGGUUUCAAAGGAGCGAUUUCGAUUUUUAUCCAUGGGCCCUACGAAACCAUGGACAUUGCUCGGAAUUAUGGUUAUACUACGGAAAUGAUUGAAUACAACACUGCACCAACGGAACUGCUUGCGUCGGACGCAUUUAGAAGGAGGACUACUAUAGAGCAACGUGGUUGCCGGUUCCAUCAAGAGUCCAAUUUGACUUACUUUAAACGAGUUUACACUAAGAAUUUGUGCAAUCAAGAAUGUCGGAUAGGAUUUGCUUUGGAGAAAUGUAAAUGUAUCCCACAUUUUUAUCCGAACAGAGAUGCGAAGGUACCUGUCUGUCACUAUAAGACAUUGAAGUCAUGCUUUCCCAAGUAUAAGGAUAUUUUGCUUACGUUUCUGAAUGGCAGCAAAGUUAUAAUAAAUUGCAAUUGCCUUCAAAAUUGCCAGGAUAUGGAAGUGGUUGUAGAUGACAAAGAAGUAAAAAUAUUCAAAGAUUUUCUAUCUAAAGAUUUUAAAAUAAAUAUCUUAAAUACUCCCUGGAAUGUCAAAUUGCAGGUUAGACUUGCUUCAGAGGAAUUGGUAAGUAGUUUCGGAGCUUCUGUUGUCUUCAAGAGGUAUCCACUCAACAGGUUCAAGAGGCAGAUUCUGUUCACUAUGACAGAUUUACUAGUAUCUAUUGGUGGCACGGCUGCUCUUUUUCUGGGCUUCAGUGUUUUGGGUGCAGUGGAAGUAAUCUACUUUUUUACUCUGCGCGUUUGUUGCAUGUCUUGGAGUCUUCUGGGAUCGAAAAAAAGGACAAAGAAAGUGGUGUUGAGGAGUAAGAAAAAGGUUGUUGCGAAGGAAAUGCACUUCAGGAUUUGAAUUGUUUUCAAGAAAUACAAAUGGAGAGGUCAAACAUCCAUGAUGACGCAUUGUUCCAGAAAGAAGCUCUCCUUGAUCAGAGAGGAGUUCAAUUUCAGUUGGAUGCAGUUAUACUUUAUUGAGUGAAAGCACAGGAUCUUUUUAUUUACCGGGAAGAUUGAAACUCCCUCUGAGUCAGAAAGAUUAGAGCCUAGACGGUGUGAAACUCACGUUUAUUUUGCUUCACUCACAAUGUGAAAUUUCCUUGUCAAAGCCAUUUCUUUCGAAUUAUCCUGCUUUCCAGUGAAAUGAAAAUGUUCCGCAAAUUUAUUUUUCAGAUUUUAAUAGUAAAAAAACUACUAACAAAAUAGACACAUUUAAAUGUAUUCUUAAACACUGUAA